AUGGAUAUCGCUGCUCUCUUUGCGGUCUUCUCGGAGACCACCUCCCAACCUCAGUCCUCCGUUGCCGCGGUCGCAACCCCAGAGCAAGAGGCCAAAAGGCAAACACAGGAGAGGAAUAGGCUGGAAAAUUUGUGGUACAAGGAAUGGAUGGCAAUGAGAGGCCGCUACCCCCGUUUAUUCCGUGGCCGUAUCAUCGUCCAAGACGAACAGGACGAAGGCGGCGCCUAUGCCCGUGCCUUCCAAGCUGCCCAAUCUGCCGGUACCCACGUCAACACGCCCGAAGCCACCCAAGUGGUGAUCUUCUCCGACGCAUCCAUGGACCCGCACCAACACAUCAACACCUUUGCCGGGGUGGGGGUAGCGUUCCGUCGCCAUGACCCAAGCUUGGCGGGCGCACCCAACGGCAUGGUGGAAAUCUGGGCGGGCUGGCCAGCGCUCAAUAUAACGAGCGCAGAGACCCUGGCUCUUUCCUUUGCAAUCCAUGUGGCCAUGGUCGAGCUGUACCGCUUGGAGGCCAGGUUGGAGGUGGAGGAGAGGCAGGAAAAGGAGGAGAGAAAGGCGAGGGAGUGGGAGGAGAGACGAGCAAGGAAGAUGGCCAAGCUACAUCGCAAGUUGGCAAAGAAGGAGAGGAGAAAGGAACGGGACGCAAAAAGAAGCAAGGAGCGUCUCCGAGAGAAAAAGAGAGAGAGAAAGGAGAGGAGGAUGGCUAGAAGAGAGCAGAAGAAACUGAAGAGGGCCGCCAAGUUUAAGCAAAGGCGGACAAAGGUCACCGUCAAGAUCUUCACCGACUCCACGGGCGCCCUUCUCAUGCUGGACGGCCAGCUCCCCAUCACCACUGCCGGCCUGCGCAUGUCCGCCAUGGCUGCCAUCGAGCAGUCCAUGGAGUUGGAGCGGCGUUUCAUCAACCGCGCCGCAUCCUCGGCUCUCAUGGACGUCGGACUCGAGCUGCACUGGGUGCCUGGCCACAGUAGACGAGAUGGAGAGGCAAGGAGCCUACAUAAGAAGGCGGACAAGGAGGCAAGGAGUUUCGACGACUGGUCCAGGCGGUGCGGGUCCCCGGUUGCCAGCGAGGAACUUGAGGCCUACGUUUCUGACCUGAAUGGCGACUUGCCCGAGUGCGACGAACCCGCCGUGUCUUUGCUCUUUGAGCACAUUGGCGAGUUGCCGCAGCAGCCGCUCUCCAGGUAG